AAAUAGAACUAAAACAUUCAGCCAACAGGAAAAAUGGCAAAAUCCAUAGUAAAAGAAACCUUGGGAGAACUAAACAAAGAAUCAUUCGUGACCCUGUUAACAAAACUGAUCGGAGAAUCAAAGUAUGUCCAAAACAAUCCGCCGGAGUUAAUCCCGGAGGAAGAUAGAAUAGUGGGUCAUGUUCUUGAUGUGCUUGGGCCAUACAGUACUAAAACUGGGGGUGGCCCAUUGAUUAUAAAUCAUGUUGCAUAUAAACCAAAAAGAGGGAAUUUGAUAGUGGAGUAUCCUGGAAGUGAGCCCGGAAAGAUUAUCUCUUUUGUUGGAAUGCAUAUGGAUGUUGUCACUGCUAAUCCUUCUGAAUGGGAUUUUGAUCCAUUUUCAAUGAGCAUUGAUGGAGACAAGCUUCGAGGGCGUGGAACAACUGAUUGUUUGGGACAUGUUGCCCUUGUAGCCGAGCUUAUGCGGAAGCUUGGCGAAACAAAGCCAAAGCUUAAAUCCACUGUGGUUGCUGUCUUUAUAGCCAGUGAAGAGAAUUCUUCCAUUCCAGGAGUUGGUGUUGAUGCUCUUGUAAAAGAUGGGCUUCUUGAUAAGUUAAAAAAUGGGCCUUUAUAUUGGAUCGAUACAGCCGAUAAACAACCUUGCAUUGGUACCGGUGGUAUGAUACCAUGGAAGCUUCAUGUUACGGGAAAGCUUUUUCAUAGUGGUCUAGCACACAAGGCUAUUAAUCCUUUUGAGCUAGCAAUGGAGGUACUCAAAGAGAUACAAACGAGGUUCUACAAAGAUUUCCCUCCCCAUUCUAAAGAGCAAGUUUACGGAUUUGCAACACCUUCAACUAUGAAACCAACUCAGUGGAGCUACCCAGGAGGUGGAAUCAAUCAAAUUCCUCUAGAUUGCACAAUUUCAGGAGACGUUAGGUUGACCCCAUUUUACAACGUGCCAGAUGUGAUUAAGAAGCUAAAUGAGUAUGUAGAAGAUCUAAAUGCAAACAUAGAGAAACUUCCUACAAGGGGACCUGUGUCAAAAUAUGUCCUACCAGAUGAGAACCUUAGAGGGAGAAUUGAAAUUUCAUUUGAUGAGCCAUCAUCUGGAGUUGCAUGUAACCUCGACUCUCGCGGCUUCCAUGUGUUGUGCCAAGCUACUAAAGAUGCCGUUGGCCAUGUAAAACCGUAUUCCAUAACUGGAACUUUACCCCUUAUUCGAGAACUACAAGAUGAGGGUUUCGAUGUUCAAACUGCAGGCUAUGGCUUGAUGGCUACUUACCAUGCCAAAAACGAGUAUUGCCUUCUCUCAGACAUGUGCCAAGGUUACCAGGUGUUUACAGGGAUCAUUGAUCAGCUAGAAGAGUGAUGUUUCUCCGAGUUCUCUUUUAAUUCAAGAUGAUAUCACAUAAAAUGAAACAAAAACGAAUGCAUCUAGUUUUUUUUUAGUUCAGCAUCUCAGAUUUUCUGGCAAUGUUUGUUAUUUUUCUUAUGACCUUUUUGAUGCUAUAUUAUAUACCAAAAAUUUCAUUUAAAAAAAGCUGGUAAAAAUUUGUUACCUUUUAGUAAA